ACGAGUUUCCCACAGAGCAUGGCCUCUGCCACAGAAGAUGACAUGGAUGAAAGAACGGUGGACAUUAAAGAAGAGGACUGUGAUCGUCUCACACCAGAGGUUGUGUGUGUGAAGCUGGAGGAUCACAAAGAAAAUAUUUCAGUUUUUAAAGAGGAAGAGGAGUGCAAGUGGGUGACUGUUACCAUUAAAGCUGAGGAUUUGAAUGAUUUCUCCAUUGGUCUUGAAGUUCAAAAACAUGAAACUGAGGAUAUUUUCAAGCAAGAUGUCUGUGAAGAAUCUCCAUCCAGUUUACAGCCCUGGUCCACUAAUACGGAACAACUGGCUACUCAGGAGAAUUCUACAGAGCUGAAAUCCGAGUUAUCAGAGUCUGAAGAGAAAAUCACCAAGGGAAAUGGGAGAGAAGGAGAAGAGUCACCUGGGAGUGUUGGAAUAAAUUUACAGAAUGGCAGCUUCUCUCCACCUUCCUUUGGUCAGCCCUCUCUUCAGUACAAGGAGAAAGGUAUAAAGACAUCAGCAAGAACAUCAGAGAGCCUAACAGCAUCCUUUUUGCAGUGCAGUUCUCUCCCAGCUACUGGAGUAACACAGACAGAAGCCAUCAAAACUGAUAGACAGAAAGUGGAGAAAGAAAUCCAAAUUCACACUGGAAAAAAAUGUUUGGAAUGUGGCAAACAAUUCACACAAAAAAGUUCUCUUAAUAAACAUAUGAAGAUUCACACAGGAGAAAAAAAAUAUUGCUGUUCAGAAUGUGGUAAGUCUUUCCAAAAGAGAUGCAGUCUUGUGGACCACAGAACUAUCCACACAGGAGAAAAAAUCAUUGUUGCCCAGAAUGUGGUAAGUCUUUCCGAAGUAGAUGCAAUCUUAUGA